AAUUGUCACGUGCCGCUCCGAGGAUCCCGAGAUUCCAGCUGUCUAGUGACCAGAGAAUUCCAUUCCAUGACAACCGCACAACUGCAAUGCCCCUCAGUUGAGGGAACCUCUAACGGGGCCCGUGAGUCGUCACGGAAGACAGCGAUGGAUCAGCUUGCUACUGCGAUAUUUGAGGAGCUCCACAAUGCUGAAGCGGAAUCCACGAAAAUUCUUGGAGACUGUUCAGACAUUGUUCUUUCCACCCUUCGCGCCGGAUCGUCUGUCCUUUGCGCCCGAUCCUCCGAGGAUGCUCGGCUCAUCAUCGCCAAGUUGAGGUUACUGCUUGAGCUUGCGGACGACCAAAUCAACGCCGUUCCCUACGCGAAGGUCGGCCGACACUGGCUGCAGCUGCAUACCGAUGCCUCCCUGAUGUGGACUGCGCUAGAGCUGCAGCUCUACACUUCCGGGUCGGAGCCAGCAUCCCGGACUACAUGGCUGAAGAUGCUGCGGCGACUGGACAGCGCUAUCAUCAUUUCCGGUGCUAUUGGAGCCCACCGACUAGACUGGUGUCAUGAGUGUAUACAGCUCGCUCAGAGUUCUUUGGCAAAGCUUUCUUUUGGCAUUCAAGAGGCACAUUCGCUUCAAGCCGAUCCGGACAUCGAUGAAAUUGUUUCAGGAAGCCCUUGGAGUACCCGUUCGGUUCCACGUCGCUCAGCACAUCUGGACUUGGCGGAGUACCAGACAAUUGCAGAUCGUGGUCCAAUUCUGCUGCCGGGGGCAAUGCUUUCGUCUCAGUCAGGUCCAUGCCCAGAGUGGCCGGCCAUCCACCGCUGGGGCUCUGCCAGCUACCUUUUGAAUGCAGUAGGAGACGGAAGAUGGGUACCGGUCGAAAUUGGCACAUCUUAUGACAGACCAGAAUGGACGCAGGCGAUUGUACCGUUCAGAUCCUUCCUUCAACGCGCCGGUUAUCAGAUUGCAGUUGAUCCGGAGCAGGAUAUCCUGAUGACUCCCAUCACGUCUGAAGGGCCAUGGUAUCUCGCGCAGUACGAAUUCGGCCGUCAAUUCCCGCAACUGGAAAGGGACUUCUUUUUGCCAGAUUACGUGUGGUCAGCUCCAGAUAUGUCCGCCAAUCCAGAUCGACCACAGAGCUCGACCUUGCCCUCGCCUGCGGUCAACAUUUGGUUUGGUCCGGGCGAUGCACGUGUCACAACACCUGCUCACACCGACCCGACGUUCAACUGCUUCGCACAGGUGCUGGGUCACAAACGUGUCUGGCUUGCAGCGCCCGCGUGUACUCCUUUCAUGGCUCCGCAUCGGCCAGAUGCUGGGGACGGAGUGCUCUCUGUGAGCGAGUACAUGACAAACACGUCUUCUGUCCCGGUCUUCCAGGCUAAAUGCUCGGAAGAUCAGAUGCGAACCUCGUUUCCGGACUUUCAUCGGUACGUGUUUCCAGAAGCGAUGGAAACCGUGCUUGCCCCUGGCGACUUGUUGCUUCUCCCUCCAGGCUGGUGGCACGCGAUGCAAGGUAUUGGGAAGGCGCCGGGAUGUAGCGUAUCCAUGUGGUUCUAGGCGAA